GUGUGCGUGUGUGUGUGUGUGUGUGCGUGUGUGUGGCACCAUGCUGUGGACGGUGCUGCUGGCGCUGCUGGUGCUUCUCCUGCUGCAGACUCAGCUCUCUGUUUGCUUAAGGGAUCUGCGCAGUGGGGGGUCCGUUUCGCCUCUUCACUCUCCUCCUCCAUCCUCUUCCUCCCCAUCCUCAGCAUCAUCAUCCUCCUCCUCUUACAACGCUACCCAGCAGCGGCUGCCCGGAGCCAUUAUCAUUGGCGUGCGGAAAGGCGGCACCAGAGCCCUGCUGGAGAUGCUCAACCUGCACCCGGACGUGGAGGUGGCGAAGGCCGAGGUCCACUACUUCAACGUGGAGGAACAUUUCCGCCGGGGUCUGGCCUGGUACCGAGCCCAGAUGCCCUUCACCCUGCCGGGCCAGCUGACGGUGGAGAAGACCCCCGGCUACUUUGCAGCCCCCCAGGUUCCGGUUCGGGUGUGGGACAUGAACCCAGCCGUCCGGCUGCUGCUCAUCGUCAGGGACCCGGCCGAGAGGCUGGUCUCCGACUACACCCAGGUCCUCCACAACCGCCUGACGCAGCACAAGCCCUACCAGCCGCUGGAGGAGCUGCUGCUCCACAGGGGCCACAUCAACCACGGCUACAAGGCGCUGCAGAGGAGCCUGUACCACCUGCACCUGGCCCGCUGGCUGGAGGUCUUCCCCCUGGAGCAGAUCCACGUGGUGGACGGCGAUGCGCUCAUUCGCGACCCGUUCCCGGAGCUGAGGAAGGCAGAACGGUUCCUGGACCUUCCACCCAGGAUAAACCCCAGCAACUUUUACUUCAACACCACCAAAGGCUUCUACUGCCUCCUGUCCGCUGGACACGAUAAGUGCCUGGACGAGUCCAAAGGCCGACCGCACGCUCCGCUCCGCACGCAGGCCUUGAAGAAGCUCUGCCGGUACUUCAGGAAGCCCAACAAACGCUUCUUUGAGAUGGUGGGAAGGUCGUUCUCCUGGUGCUGAUGAAACUGUCGGGGACAGACACAGAGGGAAACUGUUUCUGAUUUUUUUCUAAAUACCUUCUCAGGUAUAAAUGCGCUGCACUCACGUGGAAGUGACUGAAAAUCUGGUGGCUAAAACCCGAACCAAGCCGGUGCCUCUUCAGGAACAACAAAGCUACAACAACUGUGCCAUUAAAAAGCUCAGAGCAACCUGUUAGCUCAGUUCACGGACAGGAGCUGAGCAGAUGGCUGCCAUGUUUGAUUGUUGCACUAAUGACCAAAUUGCAUUAAAAGUCAAUCAGUGUAAAUAUUCUCAGUUCAGAAAAUCUCGCUCUCAUUUCUAAACUGCUGUAAAAAAAUGUUUGUUUUGUGAAACGCUUCGUUUCUCAUCAGCUGCUUUUGUUUCCGUUCUGUUAGAAAAUCUUAGUAAAGACGGAUAGUCCUGUAAAAGUUUUCUUACCUUUUCAACUUUCUCACAUUUUGUCAUAUUACAACCAAAAACCUGACUAUUUUAUGUGCUACAAGAGUAAAUGCAUCAUUUUGAAGUGGAAUAAAAUAAUUUCUAAAAAAUAUUACUGGAAUUUUUACAAAGUGCGGCAUGGAUUUGUGUCCAUUGUCUUUUAUAUCAGUAAACCUAAAUAAAAUCCAGUGCAAAUUUUCCCAUUCAGAAGUCGCCUGAAAUCCAUUUGUGAGAAAUUUAGCAUCAGAAUAAUUUACAUGUGAGAGUUUAGAGAACAGCUUUCUGUCGACUAACAAAUAAACCAAACAGGUCAAGGAAGAAAUUAAGGAGAAAUUUAAAUAAAGUUAUCAAGUUGUCAUAAUUGUGAAAGUUGGAUCAAAACACAAACAUGAGUUUGGGUAGAUUAUGAUAUAUGAA